UCUAUAAUAUAUAAAAAACCAAUCUCUCAGAUUAAAGAAAAUGAGAACAAACUAUAGAGAGAAAACCAUAAUAAUAGAAUGCAAUUUGAAUGCAUUCUCUGAAUCGACACGACGAGGUAAUGUCAAUGUCACUAGAAUUUCCAACGCGUAGGCGGUCUUCCCGGUAUUUUUAGAAAAUGCUGGAGAAUAGAUAAACUCACACAAAGAGCUUAAAAUAAUAAUGAUGGAUAACACAACGCGAUUCGAAUUGUACCGGAACGAUGACGUAACUGUGGGUCGUCCCAAGUGACGUCACGAUAGGAUUUCUCGCACGAAGACGACCCUUCUAGACGUCUGGGAAUGACGAUAGGGGUUCGCUAUUGGUGUACAGACACCAGACCGGAGUAGCAUCGAGUUUGCGGACUGACUGGAAAGUGGCUCGGAUCGAUAAACGUGCGUCUGCUCCGUCCGGCGCGCAACACACAGACACAGACACACGCAUACAUAUAUGCACGUACAAAGACACAUGUAUCCCCCAAACUAGUUUUAAGGAGGCAUGCAUGCACGCGGACACGAUGCACGAUCGCGAUCAGUCGCGAUGUAACCGCAGCGUGAGACGGCCUCGCACCAGGCCAUCGGGUGACCGCCAUCAGAUGCUCGACGUAGGCUGAUCUCGCGCUGAAGAACCGAUCACCGGUCACCGAAGCCGGCGAUCAGCGACCUGCGACACAGAAGGGGGUCCGACGGUGGGUCCUCGUCCUUGGGAAUCGUCGGGGGUCCGUCUGGGACCACGCCUGAGGAAUCAGUGAUCCUCCACAGGAAGAGGCCAGUUACCUUUCUUCUGGCACAUCGCUGAUUGAUAUUUUGAUUUUCGCCGUGAUUAGCCGACAGCAGUUUCUCAAAAGAAUCUAAUCGACGAGAGAGAGAAAGAGAAGAGGGAGAUAGUGGCUCUUUCUCCGGCAUAAUUACGUAAUUUACAUUAUUUGCGUCCUGAAAUACAACUGUCGUCGUCGUCGUCGUCGUCGUCGUCGUCGCCGUCGUCGACGGCGUGAGCCUUAUCAUUCUCAAAGGAGAAUGGCUAUAUAUUCGCGGCAACGAGUUUCACGCAGCCCUCAGUAGGAAGAUGAUAGAGGGCCAGGUGCAUCAACAUCCGGUACGAGUGCCGCCCGACAAGUCACAACCGUCCCAGACCGCCAAUACCGGCAUCAAAUUCGAAAAUGAGCAAUGUAAGGAGCCCCUGCUUCCGGAGAAGCAGAACUCCCAUAGGAUGACACCGACCGAUGGCCGGUCGCGGACCACUUCCGAAUCGAAGGAAACUAAUACCAAUGGACAGACAGCUUCGGUGAACUCCACCACCGGUAGCGGACACAACACCGAGGACAACAGCUUCGAGGUGACCAUCUUCGACGGUGCCGAUGGCGGCCGGCUGCCGGAUGUCGUCGCCGAGAGUAAAAUCUACGGUGUGGCUGACGAGAACGAGCCACUCGAGUCGUUGGCGAUCACCAUCCAGGUCUUCAUACCCUUCCUCAUCGCCGGCCUGGGCAUGGUGGGCGCAGGAUUGGUUCUCGACCUGGUCCAACACUGGGUAGUCUUUGAGAAGGUCAACGAGCUCAUGAUUCUGGUACCAGCACUUUUAGGACUGAAGGGUAAUCUAGAAAUGACCCUGGCGUCGCGUCUUUCUACUCAAGCGAAUCUCGGACACAUGGACAUGCCGAAGGAGCAAUGGCACAUGAUUAUUGGGAAUCUCGUCUUAAUACAGUGCCAAGCAAUAGUGGUGGGCUUCCUGGGUUCCGUGGUGGCGAUCGUGAUGGGUGCCUUCCGCAAUGGCACGGUUUCCUUGGAUCACGCCUAUCUUUUAUGCGCCAGCAGUUUGGUCACCGCGUCCCUCGCUUCCUUUGUUCUGGGCCUUAUUACCGCGGGCGUAAUCGUCUUCUCCCGUCAUUGCCAUAUCAAUCCGGAUAACGUGGCCACGCCGAUAGCCGCCAGUCUUGGCGACAUCACGUCCUUGGCACUUCUCUCUUGGAUCGCCACCGUGCUCUACGAAUGUAUAGACAAGCAAGAUUGGGUAGCGCCCCUCGUCAUAGCCUGCUACAUCCUAGUGACACCGCUCUGGGUGUGGAUUGCCAAGAAGAACAAGUAUACCAACGACGUGCUCUACUUUGGCUGGACACCGGUCAUGGUGGCUAUGUUAAUCAGCAGUUGCGGCGGUCUCAUACUGGAAUUCAUGGUGUCGCGUUUCGAGAACCUGACGGUGUUUCAACCAGUCAUCAACGGUGUCGGCGGAAAUCUGGUGGCCGUCCAAGCUAGCAGGAUAUCAACGGCGCUUCACAAGCAAGCCGAACUUGGCACGCUUCUAAUUCCACCGGGUCAUACGCAUCCCGUCAUUUUCAUCACUCCUAUCGCUAAUUUUUUCGGGAAAGGUAUGCACGCCAGGACGACGAGGGUCUUGAUGAUGAUGGUGAUACCGGGCCACAUCAUCUUCAUUUACCUGAUCAAUUACAUGAAAGACGGCAAUACGUCGAUGACGCCGCUCUUCGUCUUCGUUUACCUCUGCGCGGCGAUGCUGCAGGUCGCGGCGCUCCUCUACAUCGCCUACAUAAUGAUCCACUGGAUGUGGAAACGAAAGAUCGAUCCCGACAACUCGGCUAUCCCAUAUCUGACCGCGAUGGGUGAUUUGCUCGGGAUCAGCCUGCUUGCGAUUGCCUUUCAAUUUCUGUACCUGGUCGGAGAUCAAGAUUUCGACGCGCCCUGAUCGUAGAAGUCAUAAAUUAUAUAAUUUUUCCGGCAAGCGACGGGCACAAAUUAGAGCUGUCGAAAGGGCAUUCCUACGAGGCUGUGGUCGUCUGAAAGUAUAUUCCACCGAACGCAAUCUUCGACCUACCAGUCCGCCGAUGAGUCUCACAAGGACGGACGGUCGCAGUAUUUACUUGACAAAGCAUUAACGAUUUGUCAUUUUUUUAUCUCGCCUUUUCGUUAAGAAAUUAAGACUAAUCAUCAAAUAUAUCAAGACUCCCUCCCUCUUCAUAUUUUAUAAAAAUUUAUUUGUCGAAUUAUUUUCGGCAGAACCUUGUCCGAUAUCUCAGUAUUUGAUAAUUGAUAAAUUUCUGACGAACGUAAAAUAAAAUAACGGAUCGUUAAUGCCUUGUCAAGCCGAGCGGAUAUACUCAGGUUUUAAUUAGCUAUAUUAAUAUAUCAGAAGAUAACAAAAGUUAGUAUGCCAGAUUAUAGUUAUUACUAAUAUAUUAAAAGAUAACGAGAUUAGUAGUACAUGGCAAAUUAAUUCGAAUAUAAAACUUACGCUUAAAUUUUUGCAAACGUUAUCUUCAGAGUUUAAGCCUAAAAUCCAAAAAUUAAUUUCUUCAAAGACGGCCGAUGGAUAAAGAUAAUAUUAAUAACAUUAAAUUAAUUAUUUAUUAAAUAAUAACGAUAAUUUCACGAACGAACUUUUCGGCAAUAUAUGUUUGGCGAAAGCCUAAGAUUUUGCUAAUUCCAGAGCUUAGAUAUAUUUUAAAAUUCAAGAACAAUUCUCGUAAACUGUAAAGGAAAAAAAAAUUGGAGCAAAAAUUUUCGAAUUUCCUGAAAAUAGAAUAAAGUCUACAAAGUUAUAUUAUUAAAUUAUAAUCGUGAAAGUUGCGAUAAAAAUUUAAUAUAUACAAUUCCGAUAGACUCUUAUUCAUCUUUUUGAGCUCAGCGAGAAUUUUAGUUCUUCCAUCAAGCACGCGUAAAUAAAAAAAGUACGUGUAAUCAUACCAAUUGCGCAUGUGUCUUCGAAUAGUUGCCUUCGUAUACGACGAAAUUUAGAUAAGUAUUUAGAAGCUGCCACGCGAUCUAUUUUUGGAAGCUUUAGAAGCUCUCGAAUGUGCUCGAUCCUGAAGUACUCACUGCAUAAACUAUCUUAACUUUUGCAAUGCAAUUAAUUGGAAUUUAUAGUCUUCCUUGUGUAGAUAAGCAAUUCCUACAUUUUAUUUUUUUAAUUUAAUCAAAAUUAUUUAUUAAAAAUAUUCAGAAAAUCUUUUGAUUUUAUAAAAGUAAUCGUUCUGAAAAGUAAAAUGCAUUAUCGAGUAAAAAAUUGAGCCGAUGACGCAAGUCAUCAUAAGUUCGAGAGCCAGCAAAAUCGCACGGAACCUCGUGUGACAGAGUGAUGGAAAAUGAUUUUUUUGUGCUCACUAUAGUAUUAUCACUUUGUCAAGUAAAUGUAUUUUCAAAAUGUUUUAAACUUAGAUAAGAUUUUACACAUACGGACGUACCGUAAUACAAACAAAGGAACUGUUUGCAAGUUUCUGAUAAUAAUUAAAACCUUAACAUUUAAAAAAAUUUUAAAAAAGACAAAAACACAAGUGCGCAAUUGUUAAGGAAAUAUAAUCCAUAAAUUUAACUCGAAUUAAUCGUAUCAAGAUAUCAUUGCAAAUUCUGCGAAAAGGGUGUAAACGAAUGAUAAUAUAUGUGUGAAUCUUGGUGAAAUUGUGCAUGAUAUAGUAGCAUCUCUUCGAGGAGAGAACGAUGAGUAGCAUUUCGCAACGUAAAAUGUGCAUUUAGUUAUAAUAUAGUAGACAAUGUCCAGGUGACAAUCUUCUGACAUCGUGCGAAUAAUUUAGAUCAUACACUCUGAUUAUAACACGUUUUUAGUACAAUACGUUUCUCUGCGUUUAAAGAUAGAAAGAUUUUAACAUAUUCACAAUGACCCUUGGGUCGAGAUUAAUUUCACUCGGUACGUUUGUCAAUUUAUGUAAGUAUUAUAUUGUAUAGUAUUGUAAAUUACAAUAUUCCAUGAAGAGAGAGAGAGAGAAAGAGAGAAAAAGCGUCGUUAUAUCCCCGUGUGUACAUAUUACUGUGUAUAAUGUACGCAUUUUAUAUGCACAUUACGUAUAUUAAGCAUCGUGUCGGGGACUAAUAUUUAGUCUAUGUGAUAGAAAAAGGGAUUUAUAUCCAAGAUGAUAUCGCCUUUCGAUACAUACAUGUUCAGUAUUAUCGCUUUAAUAUUGCCUGGAAUCGCUAUAAUUGUGACUCCAGCAGAUAUAUCCGGUUCCGCCGAAAGAACAUCGCCCAGGCAGCAAUAUAUCGAAAAUUGGGAUAUAAGACAUCUUUAAGACAUUUUAUGACCCGAUUUUGGACAUGUUUCGAUUUUAUUGAUGUUGUUUGGGUGCGUACGUGCUUCUCUUGACACGUGUGUUUCGUAGCAAAACUGCGUUCAAGUCGAUCCGAUUAUGACAGCACGCUGCACUCUUAUACAUAUAUGAAAACAAUAUUAUAACACAAUACGUUGCAGCUGCGAUUAGAUUUGAUUAGCUUUAAUUCAUUCAUUCAUUGUCGAAUCAUUUCAUUCGUUUCGACUCGCGAUAGUUGCUCCACGAGUUUCAUCAAAGACGAUAUUGCGAGAUUAAGUAUAAAAUGCGGAAAAUGCGCUCGCGUAUUUGCGAACGUAAAUGCUCUUAAGUAUUUCUCUUUUGCAUGUAUUUUGAUAUGCAAUCGAGUACUUUAUAAACGGUGUUUAUAUAUUGAUCGUCUGUUGCUCGUGUGGCACGGUAGUGAAUAAUGUCAUUUAUUUCAUUUCAUUUUAUAGAACAAAAUAUGAUUUCCCUUUUCUUUUUUUAUACACGUACGUCUCUGUUAUUUUUAACGAACACUAGAAUUGUAAUUAUGGGUAGAAAUGUGCUAUAAAUACGCAGACAAUAAAUACACAAUCUGCGAGGACGGAUACAUAAUAAAGUAUUUUGUAUGUAAAAAA